UUUCAGCAGGGGAAGGUUACCAAGCUGUUUAAGCAAGCCAGCAUCAUGAAACUGUUAUUGCUGUGUCUGCUCUGUGUUUCCAUAAGUAAAUCCACGGUGCCUACAGAUUAUGAUGAUGAGGAAAGUGACCACCGUUUCAAGGUUAAUGGCGAAAGAGUGGAUGCUCGAGGUCACAGACCAGUAGAUAGAAGACGGGAGUCAGCUCCAACUCUCAGACCAGCUCCUCCUCCCAUUAGUAGAGGUGGAUAUCAGGCUCGUCCAACAAAACCACCCACUCGGGCCCAGAAGAAAGAAAAAGCCGUUUAUCCUGAUGCUGGAGGCUGCAGGCAUGCAUCAGAUGAGCUAGGAGUGUUGUGUCCAACCGGGUGUGAGCUGCAAACUGCAAUGGUAAAACAGGAAAAAAGUGUGAAAUCCGACAUUCGGGACCUAAAGAACAGAGUAGAGAAACAGUCCGAAACCUCUUCAACAUUCUAUGAGUAUAUGAAUACACUAGAAGAUAAAUUGGCAAGAAGACAGAAACAAAUAAAAGACAAUGAAAAUGUAGUUUCUGAGUACAACACAGAGAUAGAGCAGCACUAUAUGUACGUCAGAGAUAAUAUGGACAACAACAUCCCAUCUAGCCUCCGAGUCCUCCGUUCCAUUGUGGAUACCUUACACAAAAAGAUACAAAAACUGGAAAAUGCUAUAGCAUCCCAAAUGGACAAUUGCCGCUCUUCAUGCAUUAUUUCCUGUACUAUCCCAGUGGUGUCAGGCAAAGAAUGUGAAGACAUUAUCAGAAAAGGAGGUGAUUCAUCUGAAAUGUACCUCAUUCAGCCUGAUGCUUUCUUCAGACCAUACAAGGUUUACUGUGAUAUGACCACAGCAAACGGAGGUUGGACUGUGAUUCAGAACCGCCAAGAUGGCAGCGUUGGCUUUGGGAGAACAUGGGAUGCAUAUAAAAAAGGAUUUGGAAAUAUUGCAAAAAGUGGAGGGAAAAAAUACUGUGAUACUCCAGGUGAAUAUUGGCUUGGAAAUGACAAAAUCAGCCAGCUUACCAAAAUGGGACCAACUGAAGUUUUAAUUGAAAUGGAGGACUGGAAUGGUGAAAAGGUUUCAGCUCUUUAUGGAGGAUUCACCAUACAAAAUGAGGCAAACAAGUAUCAGAUAUCAGUUAGUAACUAUAGAGGCACGGCUGGCAAUGCUCUUAUGGAUGGAGCUUCACAACUGUAUGGCGAGAACAGAACAAUGACAGUUCACAAUGGCAUGUUCUUCAGCACUUUUGACAGAGACAAUGAUGGAUGGGUUCAUGCAGAUCCAAGAAAACAGUGUUCUAAAGAAGAUGGUGGUGGUUGGUGGUACAAUCGAUGCCAUUCAGCCAAUCCCAAUGGCAGAUACUAUUGGGGAGGGCAGUACACAUGGGAUAUGGCAAAACACGGCACAGAUGAUGGAGUUGUAUGGAUGAACUGGAAAGGGUCAUGGUAUUCAUUGAAGAAGAUGAGUAUGAAGAUUAGACCAUUCUUUCCACAAUAAUCAUCAUUAAAAUGAACAUCAUAUGUUUUCAUGUCCAUAUCGAAGUUAACUUCUUUUAGUGCAUGACAUUUGAUUUUGCCUUUACAUAAGAGAAUCAAAAAUACAAAAGUUUAUAUGUCUGACUAUAUUGUGACUUGAAUUGGAGAAGUCAUGCUGAAUAUAACCCUAUGUCUGACCCAUUAAAAAAAACUUGCAAGUGUCUUUUGUACCAUUUGUACUUGAUCCCAAGAUGGAAGUAACUGAAAAUAUCAAUUCCUUUUGCUUAUAAAACAAUUCAAAAUCAGAUAUGAGGAGAGGGAGAAUUAUUUAGCUUCACUGAAAAUGUUUAAAGUAACUAAAAUCUUAAACCAAAAGUGUCUUAUAAAUUAUACUUAUUUAUAUGUUACCAGUGAAUAAGCAAAUGUGUUCAAAUAGGUGGCAGAAGAUAUAUUAAUGUUCAUUAAAUAUUUUCUACUACUG